CAUGCGUCACAGCAAGCUCAACUUGAGAAAUUCAUCUUGUCCAGAAGAGCUACCAGAACUAGCAGCAGUGAGGCUGUCUACAUGGGUCUGGUGUCAGUGCAUGUCAGGAGCAGCCUCCAAGCAGGGUACUCAGGCUCCGACCAGAGCGCUGUGAAGGCGGCCGAUAAGAUCCCGGCGCUGCCAGGCCAGCCGGAGGGCGUCGACUUCGACCAGUACGGCGGGUACGUGACCGUCGACGAGAAGAACGGCCGCGCGCUCUUCUACUACUUGGUGGAAGCGCCGCAGGAUGCGUCGUCGAAGCCGCUGCUCCUGUGGCUUAACGGAGGGCCUGGAUGUUCGUCGCUUGGGUUCGGAGCAAUGCUAGAGCUGGGUCCAUUCCGCGUGAACAACGACAACAGAACACUCAGGAUAAACAAGUAUGCCUGGAACAAAGAGGCUAACGUGAUCUUUCUGGAGUCGCCCUCUGGUGCCGGAUUUUUCUACUCCAACACAUCAUCUGACUAUGAUGAGAGUGGCGACUCCAAGACCGCCGAGGAUGCCUACAUAUUUCUCGUCAACUGGCUCGAGAGGUUCCCUGAGUACAAGACGCGGGCCUUCUAUAUCUCUGGGGAGAGCUAUGCUGGCCACUACGUUCCACAACUAGCUGCCACCAUCCUUAGUCACAACUUGUACAACAACCGAACGAUCGUAAACCUUCAAGGCAUCUUGGUUGGCAAUGGCAACCCAUAUCUGGAUCAGUAUAAAAACGUGAAGGUCGUAUCUGUAACUGAUACAUAA